CGAACACACAACAAAUUUCAAACCAAAUCAAACUCCAAAAAAUCAAAAGAUCAUGAUAAUAGACUUGGAGUUUUCUACUUCUCUACUCAUUUGCCUUCUUCCAUUCCUUUUAAUCUUCUUCAUUAAUCUUUUCAAUUCCAAAUCAACCAAAAUCCCAAAAUCUUAUCCAAUCAUUGGUUCAUAUUUCUCAAUUUUAGCAAACAAACAUCGUCGGAUUCAAUGGACUUCUGAUGUAAUUCAAACAACUACCAAUCUUACUUUCACUCUUGUUCGUCCUUUCGGUUUUCUCCAAAUCUUUACUGCAAAUCCAUCCAAUGUUCAAUACAUACUCAAAACUCAUUUUCAUAUUUAUCAAAAAGGUCAUGUGUUUAAAUCAACUAUGGCUGAUUUUCUUGGUGAUGGUAUUUUUAAUGUGGACGGUGAAAUUUGGAAGUACCAACGACAAGUUGCUAGUCAUGAAUUCAAUACGAAAUCUCUACGAAAAUUCGUUGAAACUGUCGUCGAUGCUGAACUUAAUGAACGUCUGAUUCCAUUUCUUGCUGUUGCUGCUGCUGAGAAAAAAGUUGUUGAUUUCCAAGAUAUAUUACAGAGGUUUGCUUUCGAUAACAUUUGUAAAAUUGCGUUUGGAUAUGAUCCUGCUUAUCUAUUGCCAUCUCUACCACAAGCGAAAUUCGCAGUUGCUUUCGAAGAAGCUGUUAAAUUAAGCAGUGAAAGAUUCAAUGCUAUUUUCCCCUUUUUAUGGAAAAUCAAAAGACAUUUCAAUUUCGGAACUGAGAAGAAAUUCAGAAUCGCUGUAGAUGAAGUUCGUCAAUUCGCAAAACAGCUCGUUAAAGAAAAACAGAGAGAAUUAAAUGAAGAAUCAUCUCUCGAUUCAGUAGAUCUAUUAUCCAGAUUCUUAAGCGUUGGCCAUACAGACGAAGAUUUCGUUACAGAUAUAGUUAUUAGUUUCAUAUUAGCUGGUCGUGACACAACAUCAGCUGCAUUAACUUGGUUCUUCUGGUUAAUCUCUGAACACCCAGUGGUAGAAAGCUCUAUUCUCAACGAAAUCAAAUCAAAAUCCGAAAGCCCUGUAUACAACGAAGUGAAGGAGAUGAUUUACACACACGCUUCACUUUGCGAAAGCAUGAGGUUUUACCCACCAGUACCAAUUGACACAAAAACAGCUACAGAGGACAAUGUUUUACCAGAUAGAACUUUUGUUAAAAAGGGGACAAGAGUAAGUUAUCAUCCCUACGCAAUGGGGAGAACAGACAAAUUAUGGGGAAAAGAUUGGGAUGAAUUUAAACCAGAAAGGUGGUUGGAUAAAGAUGAAGUUACUGGAAAUUGGAAUUUUGUUACUAAAGACAUGUAUACAUAUCCUGUUUUUCAGGCCGGGCCAAGGAUUUGUUUGGGGAAAGAAAUGGCGUUUUUGCAAAUGAAGAGGGUGGUGGCUGGUGUUUUACGGCGGUUCAAGGUGGUUCCGGUGACGGAAAAAGGAGUGGAACCGGUGUUUAUUUCAUACCUCACGGCGAAAAUGAAAGGUGGUUUCCAUGUGACAAUUGAGGAAAGGGACCAUUAGUAAUGUUCUUGUUUCUUUUACUUGUCCUACUUAAAUUGUUUUGAAUUUCGUGACAUUUUAUUAUUAU